CACCAUGCCGAUAGUGGAUAAAUUGAAGGAAGCCCUGAAGCCUGGCCGCAAGGACUCGGCCGAUGAUGGGGAACUGGGGAAGCUUCUGGCCUCCUCUGCCAAGAAAGUUCUUCUGCAGAAGAUCGAGUUUGAACCGGCCAGCAAGAGUUUCUCCUACCAGCUGGAGUCCUUAAAGAGCAAAUACGUGUUGCUGAACCCUAAAACAGAGGGAGCCAGUUGCCACAAGAGUGGAGAUGAACCACAGACCAGAAGACAGGGCAGCGAGUAUGCAUACGAGGGCUGUGGUGACGGAGUCCCAGCCCCACAGAAAGUACUCUUCCCCGUGGAGCGCCUGUGUUUGCGGUGGGAGCGGGUCUUCCGCGUUGGUGCGGGACUCCACAACCUUGGCAACACCUGCUUCCUGAACUCUACCAUCCAGUGCUUGACCUACACACCGCCGCUGGCCAACUACCUGCUCUCCAGGGAGCACGCUCGCAGCUGUCACCAGGGGAGCUUCUGCAUGCUGUGUGUCAUGCAGAACCACAUUGUCCAGGCCUUCGCCAACAGCGGCAACGCUAUCAAGCCCGUCUCCUUCAUCCGAGACCUGAAAAAGAUUGCGCGGCAUUUCCGCUUUGGGAACCAAGAGGACGCGCACGAGUUUCUGCGGUACACCAUCGACGCCAUGCAGAAGGCCUGCCUGAACGGCUAUGCCAAGUUGGAUCGUCAAACACAGGCCACUACCCUGGUCCAUCAGAUUUUUGGAGGCUAUCUCAGAUCACGUGUGAAGUGCUCUGUGUGCAAGAGCGUCUCGGACACCUACGACCCCUACUUGGACAUCGCGCUGGAGAUCCGGCAAGCUGCAAACAUUGUGCGUGCUCUGGAACUUUUUGUGAAACCAGAUGCCCUGAGUGGAGAGAACGCCUACAUGUGCGCCAAAUGCAAGAAGAAGGUUCCAGCCAGCAAGCGCUUCACCAUCCACAGGACAUCCAACGUCCUAACCCUCUCCCUCAAGCGCUUCGCCAACUUCAGUGGGGGGAAGAUUACCAAGGAUGUGGGCUAUCCAGAAUUCCUGAACAUCCGUCCAUACAUGUCCCAGAAUAGUGGUGAGCCUGUCACGUAUGGGCUCUACGCCGUCCUGGUCCACUCGGGCUACAGCUGCCACGCCGGGCACUAUUACUGCUACGUGAAGGCAAGCAACGGACAGUGGUACCAGAUGAAUGAUUCCUUGGUCCAUUCCAGCAACGUCAAGGUGGUUCUGAACCAGCAGGCCUAUGUGCUGUUCUACCUGCGAAUUCCAGGGUCUAAGAAAAGUCCCGAGGGCCCCAUCUCCAGAACGGUCCACUCCCUUCCCAGACGCCCCAGCAUGGUUCCAGAUCACACCAAGAAGAAUGUUGGCAACGGGAUUGUUUCCUCCCCGCUGACGGGAAAGCGACAAGACUUGGUGACGACGAAGAAGCUCCACACCACCGAGGAGAUUGGUGUUCCCAUUUCUAGGAAUGGCUCUGAUCCAGGCCUGAAGUCACAGAACGGAUAUGUUCUUCCAAAGCCACCUGUGGGGUCCCCUUCCCCCAAACUGUCCCAAACCCCCACACACGCGCCGACCAUCCUGGAUGAGCCCGGAAAGAAGGUGAAGAAGUCGGCGCCCCUACAGCACUUUUCCCCACCUCUCAAAACUUCUCAGGGGCCACCUGGUACCAGCACGUUGAGUAGCAGCAAAUGUGGGAGCCGCAGGCAGGGCUCCUGGGACGGCAGGGACGCCGCCCACUCUACCUCACCUAAGCUCCUGGCCAGAGCCACUGCCAACGGGCACGGGCCGAAGGGGAGCAACGGGGGCUCCGACCCCGAGAGGGGGCAUUCCAGCAGCUCCAGCCCGGAACACUCAGCCAGCAGUGACUCUGCCAAGGGCCCCCGGACCCCCAAGAGUGGAGCUGCCCCUUUCUGUGAUUCUCAGGAAACAAACGGUUCUGCCACUGGUCACUCCAAAGCCCCACCAAAUGGAGCAGAUCCCAAGGUGGUGAAGCCCAAGUCCCCUGCCCUGAGCAACUCGGCCCCCGAGCCUGCGAGCAUCAUGUCUCCCCCACCAGCCAAGAAGCUGGCUCUUUCUGCCAAGAAGGCCAGCACCCUGCGGAGGGCGACCGGCAGUGACCUCCGUCCACCUCCCCCCUCACCAUCCUCCGACCUCACCCACCCCAUGAAAACCUCUCACCCCGCCGUUGCCGCCGCGUGGCCUGUCCCUGAAGCCAGGGCUGUGCCACCUGCUCCCCGACCACCCAGCCGUCCGCAGCCUCCCAUCAGCCCCAACUCUGCGUCACUGUCCAGUCACCCCCAGCCCCUAGGGACAUCAGAGCCACGGAGCCGCCCCUCCGCCUCAACGGCCAUGCCUCAGGUCAACAGGGACUCCACGUCCCUUCCACACCAGCUGCCAGAGGCCAGCGAGUCCCCCCGGAGCCCCUCCGAGAAGAAGAAAAAGAGCUACGUGGGACAGCUCCAGGGGCCAGGCUCAGAGACAUGCCUCCCACAGCACCUCGAGGGGGCUGCUGCCGCUCCCGCUCCGCACGAGAAGAAGAAAAAGAAGAAGAGGAAGCGCCCGGGGGACGUGGCCACAGCCGUCCCGCAGGAGGGGCAGACGCAGGGACGGCCUUGGAGCCCUGAGUGCAGGAAGAAGGGCCAGACAGAGCUGCCUGCUGACGGACCAGAGGACAGGGGCACGUGGCCACAGGUGAACGGCCAGCAGAUGGGACGUGUCGUAGGUGGACACCACGUGAGCAACAGGAAGAGGAGGAGGAAGGGAGUGGAGGGACUUGGUGAAGAAGAUGGCCUCCACCAAGACCCACCUUGGCACAGCUGCUCUCCCACGGACAGCGGCGAGCCUGAGCCCAUGGCAGAGUCUCCAAGGAAAAAGAAAAGGAAAAGAAGGAAGCCAGAGUCACAGCAGGAAGCAGAAGAGAACAAGCCUCCAGAAGGCCAGAGGAGCACUGGGCCCCGUGACGCCGCAGCCCCGGAGCCGUCUGGGAGCCGCCAGCAUCCUGGGGGCCGCGUGGGGCUGGUACAGGCUCCUCUUGUUUCCUGGAACAGAGAGCGGGAAUCCGACGUGGUCCAGGAAUUGCUCAAAUAUUCAUCCGACAGAGCCUACGGGAGAAAAGUUUUGACCUGGGAUGGCGAGAUGUCGGCGGUCAGUCGGGAUGCCAUGGAAGACAGCAGACUGGCCCGGGCCGAGACUGUGGUCGAUGCCUGGGAUGAAGAGUUUGACCGGGGGAAGGAAAAGAAAAUUAAAAAAUUCAAGAGAGAGAAGAAGAGGAACUUCAACGCCUUCCAGAAGCUUCAGAGUAGACGGAACUUUUGGGCUGUGACGCACCCAGCCAAGGCUGCCAGCCUCAGCUACCGCCGCUGAAUGUGCUGCUGCUGAAAUAGCCUCCCGGAGACAAGGCAUCACUUCCUGGAUCUGCAGGCGCUGUCUGUGGGGACUCUGCUGUCCUGUCACCUCCAGGCCGCUGCACUGUGAACCUGCCGUGGGGGGCUCUCCUGGCACCACUGUCUGCAGAUGACCCGACGCAGAGGCUUUGGGCUUCUGUAGGCCAGGACCUCUUUGGUGACAUUCAUGACAAACUCUGCAAGAGAAACCACAGCGCGUGUGUUAAGCAAAGAUGGCAGCGCACCUGCGGGGCAUCUGGGACAGGCCAAACCUCCUCGUAUUCAUGGACGGUGGCGUCUGUACCAGCAAGUGUCUGCCCCGGUCUGGGGCUGUCAGAGAGGGCAAGGGACGGUGUUCACACCUCCCAGGUGUCUUCCCGGCUCUCAGGGUGACGGACGUGCGGUGGGCUGCUGCUCUUGGCGAGCCGUCCCUUGCUUCUCCCGGCUGGUGCUGCCGUCCGAGCAUGGCCCUGCCCGUGCCCGCGGGGCCUCUGCCUGUGGGCCUUAUCUGUCUGUCCUCAGAAAGGAAGAGCCCCAAGGCCACCCCCACGUGGCCACCUCUCCCUUUUAUGGAAUUGGGGGGUGGCCCUGCAGCACGCCUUCUUGGUACGUGGCUGGAGACCGGAGAGCAGGGCCUGUGGCGCGUCACCUGCAGACACAGCUGCGUCUGAGGCCGCUCUUCCUUCUGGGGCGUCUUUGCUGGAGCGUCCCUGGCAGCUGCAGUUACCACAGGUUUCACUGAGGUGGUGUUCUGGGGUAGAAUUGUCCGUUUAUUUUGCUACUUAAUAGUGUAAAACAUUUAUUUCUGGCCAGGCCUGUGGCUUCCAUUCGCAAUAUGUUUCCUUUCCCUAAUACGCAAAUGCUGGCUUUGCUCAAUUUUGUGAGUGCUUUUGAAUUUAGAUGAAUGUAUAACUUGAAGAUUAUUUUUUAUCUUGCUCAAGCUGUGCCUGCAAACUUUUAAUUUAAUAAAUAUGGGAAGUCCUCAGUGAAGGUGAUAAUUUUCAAGAAGAAAGACAAGUGGCCUAGUAGUAGCAGAAGGUACAGGAGCCAGUCUGAACUUGCUCCACAGGGCGCACGUCCUCAGUCUUGUCCCCCGGGAGCCGUCACAGGUGGAGGGGGACUCAGGUAGCACUUGGGCCCACCUGUGGAGUGGCCGUUCUUAGCUGGACACUUUCUGACUUUCUGGCCUCUUCCGUGGCACCUCUCCAGUUGGAACUGUUUUUGUUCAGCCCCCUGCUCGGGGCCUGGGUUCACGCAGGGCUAGAGAAAGAAGAGCUGCUUUCUUUAUAUGAGGAGAUACAUUCAUUUUUUUAUGUGGGUGGGUCUUCUUGCUUUUUCCUUCCUGUUUUUAUAUUUCUCUUUUUAUAAAAGCUGGGAGAGCGAGAUGAUACCUGUGUCUGAUCUGGGCGGCUGCCUCUGGUCCCGGCAGUGGGUGACCGAGGGUGCCGUGGGCCUCCCCGGAGGGCUGACCUGAGUGUUUGCUGGAGAAGGCUUCGGUUCUGUGGCUCGUACACUACCAUCUUGGGGCACACAGCCGCCUUUGGGGCAGGCCUUGCCUUUCCCCUUGAGGUGUUGACAUUCAUUCCUGUGGGAACUCUUGGCCCUGCCAUGUUUUUUCCUGUGAUGUUCUGUAGUUGAAAACUUUAGUUGUCUGCUAGACCCGAUUUUGUCUCGUUUCUGUCUCCCUCCUCUCCUCCGAAUCAUCCUCUUCUUUCUCCACUAGAUAAUUACAGAACCUUUUCCUGAGGACAGUGUGUCCGUUAUCUCUCGGGCAGUGGUGAGUGCUGGCCUGACCUUCGACAGCAUUUAUCACUGUCACUGUUGAGUCCUUUCCUUCCACAGAAAGCCAUCGGCCAAACACGGAAGGGAAAGGACAAGGCCCAGAAAAUUAGUCCGCGCUCUAGGUGACAUGUAUAUAUAUAUAUAAAUAUGAAUAACUAAAGCGUUUAUACUAGCAGUCACCUGGUGACUUAGGAUCUGGGUCUGAUUAACUUUGUGCUCGGGGGCAGCUGGAGGGGAGCGGGGUCCCUUGUGCGAUGGCCGCCUCCCGGGGCUCGUGUCCCCUCACCUGGACCAUGUCGCCGGCAUGUGUGCACAGGUCUGUCCCUGGGUACUGCGCCUCCUCUCCAGGGCCUGGGAG